AUGCUCGGGAUGCAAGAGCCCGAGAUCUUCGAGCAGCCGGUGGGGGGUAUCAACAAGGACCCGGAGGCCGCUGUACACGAGGAGCAGACAUACGUCACAGGCCCGAGCUACGCGACGGGCAACAGCGGCCUCCAUACCGUCAUCACCGAGUCGUCGUCCGAGGAGGAUUUCCAUCUGUUUGUCUAUCCUGAAGAGAGAAAGCUGGGAACAUGGUCGACGGCCUUCCUGAUCAUCAACCGCGUCGUCGGCACGGGCAUCUUCUCGACACCGUCUUCCAUCAUCCAGUAUACAGAUAGCGUCGGCGCGACGCUCCUGUUCUGGGUACUCGGGGGUCUUAUCGCCCUGCCGACAGUCCAGUUCGUCCUCUUCGCCAUCUCCACGGGCAACUCCAUCGCCUUCAGCAGCUAUGUCCUGAAGGCUGCGAUGGGAGAGUCCCACAACGGGAGCUGGCUCAACAGGGGCAUCGCAGUGGCUGCAAUCUCCGUCGUCUGUCUGAUCCAUUCCCUGACUCCUCGCCUGGGGGUUUGGUUAAGCAAUGGCCUCGGGGCACUGAAACUAGUUCUCCUCGCAUUGCUUGUCUGCACUGGUUUCGCGGCCUUGGCCGGGAGAACUGUUGCCCCGAGACCAGAUAACUUUUCAUCAUUUAACGGCGGAGGUUCCUCAACUGAGCCGGGCAAGCCUUCAAGCGCCGCCGCGGCAGGAUAUGCCCUCGCUCUGCUCCAGGUACUCUAUUCGUACAGCGGUUGGGAAAACGCCAACUAUGUCCUCACCGAGGUUCGAGACGCGCCUCGAACGUUGCGCAAGGCGGCAAUCAUGUCGGCAUCAGCUAUCACGCUGUUGUACGUCCUGGCGAACGUUGCUUACUUUGCCGCCAUGAGCAAGCUCGAGAUUGCAACAGCUGAGGUGACCGUUGCUGCGCAAUUCUUCGAGAACGUCUGGGGAAAGGGUGCCUUCGUCACCCGGGUUGUUCCCGUUUUCAUCGCUCUGUCUUCUUUGGGCAACGUCUUUGCCCAGUCUUUCGCUAUGCCGAGAGUCAAGCAGGAGCUGGCCAAGGAGGGCAUCUUACCGUUCUCGAAAAUAUGGGCCAGUGACUGGCCGCAGAAGGCUCCAACAGGUGCCAUCUUCCUGCAUUGGCUAUUCACCGUUGCCUUUAUCCUGGGUUCCCAGACUUCGGACCUGUAUACGUUCGUCACCAACGUCUUCAUUUACAGCGGCAACUGGAUUAAGCUGUUCCUCGGAAUCGGCCUCCUCUACCUAACUUGGACGCCGGCCGAAAGGUGGAAGGAACAGCGAACGACAUUCAAGAGCGUCCCCAUCCUAACCAUCUUCUGGAUCAUUUCGCUACUGUACGUCAUCGGGGCGCCCUUCAUUCCGAACGGCUUCCUCUCAAAGGUCCCAUUCUAUGUCGUACCGAUCCUGGGCACGAGUUUGCUAGUCAUCGGUUCCCUGUACUGGUUCGUAUGGGCCAAGCUGCUGCCCAUGUUUGGAUUCAGUAUCCAGCACGAGAUCGAACAGCUUCCGGAUGGCAGCGAGCGCGUUAGAUAUAUUGUAAGCGGCCAAACUUCUUCCUCCUCGAGCUAUCCAGUCGACAUAAUUACUAAUUGUUUUCGCGUUCAAGCACGCUACGCGGACCAUGUCGGCAUCCACUAUGUCCUCUGCAACAAGCUCCGCCAGUUUCCCUACGAGGACAUCGAGUUCUUCCUGCCUCAGCUUUGCCACCUUAUAAUCAGCGUUGACAAUGAGUCUAUGGCAUUGGAGGAGUUCCUCCUGGAUCUGUGCGAGGAGUCUGUCACGGCAGCUCUGCUGACCUUCUGGCUAUUCCAGACCUACCUGCACGAUCUUGCCCCGAACCCGCAAACCGAUGCCUUCAGGAUAUGCCAAAGGGUCUACAACAAGGUCCAGCACAUUGUCUUCGGCCUGUCUGACUAUGCCAGGCACGAGAAGAUCAAGGAGAAUACCCUUCCCGUUACGGUUCUGGCGAGCUUCGUACUCGCUGGUGUCGCGUGCCCCAUCCUCCCCCAUUGGGCCGGCCCACUAGCGGUUGCGCAGGCUAGGAAGCCUCAGCCGACCGGUGAGGCCGUCCUCGAAGCUGCUCACAAUACCAAACCGGCGCGGGCGCACACUGUAACGGUGAACAGUACCAAGUCGAAUCGCGGGAAGGAUGGCGGCCGAGCCACAGGGGGCUCUGACUCGAAGAUGCUCACCCCAACCAAGGCGUCGCGCCGCGCCAGCUCGAGACCAGCCUCCUCGGGCUCCACGUCUCGGACGCCGGUCGAGCCGUCGAGGCGGCCCUCCCACCUGGAGAACAUAGCCCUGGAAGCACGGUUAAGUUCGACUUCAUUGCCAUUGCCGGACCCGAGGUCUCCCCGGAUGAUUACACGGCCAUCAACGCCCAUUUCCGCCGGCUUGAGACCAUCGGAGACCACGUCAAGGAGGCAUUCGCAUCGCGUAAAGACGCUGCUCAAUCACGCCGAAAUGAGUUCCGUGCAGAAGACCCGUCUCCUGAGGCAAAACUACUUCCGCUGCGAGACGGCCUUUCUGACUGCGCUGGAAAACAUUUCCAAUCGCUUAGUAGUUGUCCCGAAGCCUGCCCGUCUCAGUGCACUCCGUGCCGAGCUAGCACUGAUCGCCCAGGAUCUGCCGGCCGAAGUAGACGUGCCAGUUAUCUGCCCGCCGACUCUGGUGAACGGGUCGCCCUCGAAGAGUCGCCACCAUCGCAUCGUCCGGGUUAACCCUGCCGAGGCCACCGUCCUCAACAGCGCCGAGAAAGUGCCGUAUCUGCUCAUGGUCGAGGUUUUGCGUGACGAUUUCACCUUUGACCCUGACUCUCAAGACAACCAGAGGCUCAUGACAACCCUUCUGGCCGAGCAGGGCGCUCGAAGGCGCAUGUUCGAUUUGUCCGAGUCCCCAAGGAUACCUGCCGCCACGCGCGCCCCUCUCGAGCCUGUGGUUGACAGCGUCUUCGAGCCGACUUCCGGGGACCUCGGGAGUUCACCAAUGAUCGAAUCGUUUCCCGAUGCGUUGUCGGGCAAGAGAGCGGUAUCCGCACCCCACCCCCAACGAUUAUCAAGCAGUGCUACUACCGUUAUCUCGGCCACGUCCGACAUGACGACGCCUCGGAGCUCCGAAGCGGAGACUUCCAGGUCUUCGAGCCCCGCCCCGCGCAGGAAAAUGACGUUCACAAACCCUCGGAACAAUUCUGUCGAUCAGCCCGACUUCUCGGCCUUGGCAACGCAUAUGCGGACCGCCUCGCAGAUGCUCGCGCAGCUGGAGGCGACAAGUGGGAAGAGACCGAGGCAGGAAGUGGCGACCAUCAGGGCUAAGAUCAUCAGGAGCAUGCAGAGCCUGGAGGAGCAGAGCUUCGACCUGGACGAUGGACAGGGCCCCACCUUCGACAUGAUCAUGGCCAAAGCCAGCGCCGCGUCGGCUGCGAGCGAUCCAAGCGAGGCCGAGCUGGAGGCGGCAGAGCCCUCGCUGGAUUCGUCGGGGAUGAAUCCCAACGCGGGCGCGGCGAGGAUGGAGAACGAUUUCAAGACUGGCGGCCUGCAGAGAAAGGGGGACCGAGACGACCCGAGCGCGGCGGUGUUCGGCGAGGCGUGGGAUGCCAAGCGAGAGCGGAUCCGCAAGUCGUCCCCUUACGGCUGGAUGAAGAACUGGGACCUCGUGAGCGUCAUCGUCAAGACGGGCGCGGACCUGCGGCAGGAAGCCUUCGCCUGCCAGCUGAUCCGGGUGUGCCACAAGAUCUGGGUCGACGCCGAGGUGCCCGUCUGGGUCAAGCUGAUGCGGAUCCUGGUGACGGGCGAGUCGUCGGGGCUCAUCGAGACCAUCGCCAACGGCGUCUCCCUGCACUCGAUCAAGCGCAGCCUCACCAUCUCCUCCGUCGAGUCCGGCCAGAACCCCAGGCGGCGGAUCGCGACCCUGAAGGACCACUUCGUCAAGGUCUUCGGCCUGCCCGAGAGCGACGCCUACAGGGCCGGCGUGACGUCGUUCGCGAGGUCGUUGGCCGCGUACAGCGUCAUCUCGUACAUCUUGCAGCUCAAGGACCGGCACAACGGCAACAUCCUCAUCGACAACGAGGGCCAUAUAAUACACAUCGACUUUGGCUUCAUGCUGUCAAACUCCCCCGGCUCGGUCGGCUUCGAGGCGGCCCCGUUCAAGCUGACCCAGGAAUACGUGGAUGUCCUCGGGGGCGUGGGAUCGCCGGAUUACGAGGACUAUAAGAAGCUGUGCAAGCAAGCGUUCCAAGCGUUGCGACGUUCAGCAGACAACAUCAUCGACCUGGUCAGCAUGAUGGGGAGGGACUCGAAAAUGCCCUGCUUCUCGGCAGGCGUCGCGCAGACAACAACGGCGCUGCGGCAGCGUUUCCAGCUUCAGCUCAGCGCCGACGACGCGGAGCAGUUUGUCGAGACAGACCUCGUCGGGAAGUCUCUAGGCAGCUACUAUACGAGACUUUACGAUACCUUCCAGUACCGAACUCAGGGCAUAUAUUAA